ACUCUGUCUGAUUGCAUAAGCUUCCUAGCCUGCCAUCUGCUUGCGUUUGGCUUUUAAACAUUUUGUUCGGUUGCUAUUAUUUUAUUAAACGACAUCGAUAUGAAAUAAACAGCGCCGGACAUUGUGCUGUGUGGAGCACCAAUUAGCCACAAAUUGUCAUAAUGUUGGCCCGCAAAGGCCUUUUGCCCGAUGGGUUCCUGUUGACGCGACUCGCUGAAGAUGCACAACCCAGCCGCAUUCGGCCAAAGUCACAAAGGGCACGUUUCAUCACCAAGAGCGGCUCAUGCAAUGUUGCCCACAAGAAUAUACGAGAACAGGGCCGGUUUCUCCAAGAUGUGUUCACCACCAUGGUGGACCUGAAAUGGCAGCAUUCUUUGCUCAUCUUCACCUCAGCAUUCCUCUGCUCCUGGAUGCUCUUUGCCAUGGUGUGGUGGCUCCUGGCAUUCGCACAUGGUGAUCUAGAACCUCGAGAUCCCAACGAACCCGGACCUGUGCCGUGUGUCACGUCCAUUCACUCCUUCACUUCUGCUUUUCUGUUCUCCAUUGAAGUGCAGGUGACUAUUGGUUUCGGAGGACGAAUGGUGACGGAGGAGUGUCCGCUGGCCAUCAUAGUCCUUAUCAUCCAGAACAUUCUGGGCCUGAUCAUCAAUGCCAUCAUGCUUGGCUGUGUGUUCAUGAAGACAGCUCAAGCCAACCGCAGAGCAGAAACCCUCAUCUUCUCCCGUAACGCAGUCAUUGCCCCGAGGAACGGCAGACCAACACUGAUGUUUCGCGUUGGAGAUCUAAGAAAAAGCAUGAUCAUCUCUGCCAACAUACAGCUACAGGUGAUUCGGCGGACAGUGACAGCGGAGGGCGAAGUGAUUCCUGUCUGUCAGUUAGAUAUCCAGGUGGAAAACCCUCUCAGGAGCAACGGCAUAUUCCUCGUCUCUCCGCUCAUUAUCAGUCACACCAUUGACAGAGGAAGUCCACUGUACGAGCUCUCAGCACAGUCAAUGGCUACUGAAGACCUGGAGAUCAUUGUCAUUUUGGAAGGUGUUGUGGAGACGACUGGCAUCACAAUGCAGGCCCGCACAUCCUACAUACCAGAGGAGAUCCUGUGGGGUCGGCGUUUCGUCUCUAUUAUGACAGAGGAGGAUGGACGCUAUUCUGUCGACUACUCCAAAUUUGGAAACACUGUUCCCGUACGGAUGCCAGCCCUCAGUGCUAAGGAGCUGGACCAGACCAGGGGUGUGCAGGACAGCGGACCCCACGAGGGUAAACCUCAGGGCUGGGGGCUGGUGAGGGCGGGACGAGGUGGGUACAGGAGGGGUGGAGCAAGGGCGUGUGAUGACACUGCUGCAAAGCCGUGGUAUGUGCCAGCGGAGAAAGAGGAGGAGAAGAAAGGUCAGAAGAAAACCGUGAAGCUUGAGGAGAUAGGAAGAGAGAUUGAAGAAGAGACAACUGAGGAUAUGAGCGAUUAGAGCACAAUUUUUUUUGGUGUUGUUGUAUUUUUAGAUACUGAAAUAGAAAUGACCUAGACGUCCACCAAGGAAUUUUAAUUUGCUAUUAUUUUACUCUGUCUCAAGCCAUCCAAGAUGGAGGUAGUUAUUCUAAUAUAGAAACAUUAUACAUUGAAAAUAUGCAAAUUACAACAAGUUGUUAUUAUUUGGAUUUUUACAUGUAUACAAAUGUCAUUAAUGCAACACAUAUAAUGUUAAAUAUUGCAAAAAUGGCCUCUUACGGAGUUGGCACUUUCAGAUGCAAUAAAAAAAUACGUGGCUCCUGAGGAUACAACUAGUUCAUAAAUGAAUAUGCCUCAUAAUGGUGUACGCAAACUGAGCUGAUGCUGUUUACAGCUUUUUAUAUAGGAUGCAUCAUCCAGGACAUGCACAAGUACUAUUGUGAUAAGCAAUGCAACACACACGUCCUCUCUCUCUCUGUUGUAAACAAUCAGUGUAGGCUCAGGUGAACUUAUGCAGUCCAUAUGUAACAAUAUCUGAUGUGUGUUAUGAAAAUUCUCAGACCACUUGCUGAGGUUGUGGACUAAAGGUACACACAAAAUGAACAAAUAAGUGUAUCAUCAGAAGUCACUGGUAUUAGUUUUGUUUUUCCAGUGCAUUUACGAUUCUCAAAGUGACUUGAGACCACCAUGGUUUCAUCUAACCAAAUUCUUUAAUGUUAUACUGAGAGACAAACAUACCUGCAUCAUGGAUGGCCAGAGGGGGAGUAAAUUAACAGCAGAUUUUCAUUUUUCGAUAACCCCUUUAAUAGUCAUAUUGAAUCUAGCCUAUUACAAAUAGGUCUUUUUUUUAUAGGCUACAUGUUUUGGAAACUGUUGAAACAUGAACAACUGUGUCGUUCUUGUGGAUGUUUUGUCAGUAAAAUAAUACAUUUUAUGAUCGUUUUAACAGAAAAAUUUGGGAUUUUUAGACGUAUUCUCCAAGAUGUGGACUUUAAGUUAGGGCUGACGGCAUAGCUAGUUUGAUGAAGUAAAAUGAAAGGUGAGUAUACAAAUACAGCAAAUACAGUCAAUUUACAACUUCCAGGUUGUGGUAUACAUUUCAAAGAUCACACUUACCUGUUUUUGCAGUUAAAAUAGCGGGAUUAUCUAAAAAUGUUAGGUAUACGGACAAUUUUUUUCAGUUUAAUUAAAGGCGCGAAUCGCGAGUGCAACACUCAAAUGCGUCCGUCUAUCGCGUGUACAUAUAAACAAUGUAAACGAAAAGCCCAAACUAUUUACCAAGAAUUUUAUUCUAUUCUCCACAGCUUUUAUUUUAUUUACCUCAAAUUACAUACAGCAUAUAAACCAGACUAAGAUGUGUGUUAUUGUUGUCUCAGUUGAAGAAAAGGCAGCUGUAUUUGUUUUGAUACUACAGAAAUCCUUAUAGAACUCUUUUAGAAAAUAUUCCAGUUCUGUUUUUUUGCCUUUCUGUCUUUUCAUCUCGUUUCAUGAGAUGUGAUUGUGUUUACGUGACUUGUUUAUGUGGCUGUCUUUUGUUAUUUAGUUUUUUGUAAGUGACAUAUUGUGUUUACAUUUGUGUGGGAUUGUGCAAUUGUAUUGUGAACUGUGUGACCUGAUGUUUGUGUUCACUUAAUUUAUGAAAAUGACCAUUAGAGAAUACAUUCCGUGUGUAUUUAUUGUUUACAUAUCGGUGCAUUAAUUGAUAUUACAUGUAUUUAA